AUGCAUCUCGUGUUGAAAGGUCUCCCUCAGAAGAGAGAAAUGGGCCACAUCGAUCCAUCAGGACCUGUGGUUUUCCGCUGGCCAGAUCUGAAAGAGACUUGUUUAUAUUGCAUCACUUUUCGUGCCAUCACCACUCCCAUUUCUUCUUUCGUGAUACCGUUCUCUCUUUUCCUAUUUAUCUAUCUUCGUCUCUUUCUGUUUGUCCAAUGGCCAGGCCUGAGGUUUGCCGGACAGGCAACCCGAGGACAGAGAGUUUCGUCUAUCCGACUUUUUUUCUUCAGUCCUCCUCUUCUCUGCCCGUACUUCCAUCUAUCCUCCCUUCGAAUCGGUUAUCCACUUGCAUUUCUCGAUGUUUAUCUCUAUCCUCCACCUUUUUUUUCUAGCACUACACCGUCCAAAGAUAAGCAGAUAGUUAAACGUCGAGGAUUUCCCCCCCCUCCAGCCACAGUUACCCUCCGGUUUACCCUCGUCCCAGCAGCUUAUCUAACCGUCCCAGCCCUCAAGUUAGGCGUAAAAUCAGUAUUUGGAUUAAUAGCCUGA